AUGGCGCUUGAACCAUUGGUCACCAGAUGUUGGACUGAAAUUAGAACCUCUGUUCUCAGAACAGUAUUUUCACAUGCAAUUUUGCUUUGCCAAGAGACAAUUUAUAGCCUUAUAUAUGCCUUGGGAGAGCGAACGAGCAUUCUAGCCCGCAGGCAAGACUCUUUCGGAAACAAUUUCUUACAUUUAGCAGCCAGGCUGUCUCCACCAUCUCAACUUGACAGGGUUUCUGGAGCAGCUCUUCAAAUGCAAAUGGAACUACAAUGGUUUCAGGAAGUUGAGAGUAUUCUACCACCAAGGAUGAAGAAAGAAUUGAAUUCUAGUGAUAAAACACCUUCUGCCCUCUUCUCUGACGAGCAUAAGGCAUUGGCUAAGGAGGGAGAGAAAUGGAUGAAAAAUAUUGCAGGAUCAAGUAUGAUUGUGGGAACUCUCAUCGCUGCAGCCAUGUUUACAACGGCUUUCACAGUUCCAGGUGGUAAUGAUGGUAAAACAGGGCUCCCUGUCAUGAUAGGUACUCAACAAAAAGCAUUCUUGUUUCUUAUGGCAUCAAAUGCAGUGUCAAUGUUCACUUCUACAACAUCGAUUCUGAUGUUCUUGGGGAUUCUUACUGCACGUUAUGCAGAAAAAGAAUUUCUCAAGUCCUUACCUACAAAGUUAAUAUUUGGAAUCACAUUUUUGUUCGUCUCGAUAGUCUUCAUGAUGGCAUCAUUUGGUACUGCUAUAUAUCUGACGCUGAUCGAACAAGUAGCUUGGAUUUCCUACCCAAUCAUUGUUUUCUGUGUUAUUCCAAUAGCCCUUUACUCAUUGCUGCAAUUCCCUCUUCUGGUUGAGAUGAUCAGUCGCACUUACGGACAUGGCAUGUUCGACAAACGUAAAAAGAAACUCUCGAGUUUUGAUACCUGAAUUAGUACCAGCAUCUCUCCAUUCUGCUGCUUGUCGUGACAUUCUGUAUUUCACUCGCUUUGGAUUGCUUUGAAGUUGUUUUCCAAAUAAUCCUUCAGUGUGAUGUUUUGAAUAGAUUUUGUUGGAAACAUCCAUUUGUUUUGUCUCCAGCUUGUCCUGGAAUUCUUCAGAUUCCUGGAGCUAUCAAUAAAUCAUACGCAUGGAUUGCUUUU